AUGGAGGUGGAGGAACCGCUCCCAACGUCCAAGAACCCCCGCCGUGCUCGGCGCCGGGACCUCAACGCACUGCUUGAAAAACUUAAAAAUUUCUGUAGUUUGCAAUGCCAAAAUGCCAACUUUUUCAAUGUCAUUGACCUGGACGAUGAAGGCUGUACCAGGAAUGUUUUCUGGGCAGAUGCACGGUCAAGAGCCAUGUGUGAGUACUAUAGUGAUGUCAUCACACUUGAUACGUCAUAUGUGGCUAGUAAAUAUGAUAUCUGUCUUGCAACAUUUAUUGGGGUGAAUCAUCAUGGACAAUCUGUCUUGAUGGGGUGUGCCCUGCUUUCUGAUGAAACAGCAGAAACCUAUUCAUGGCUACUUAAGGCUUGGAUUGCAUGUAUGUAUGGCAAUCUUCCCAAGGCUAUUGUCACUGACUAUUGUAGGGGCAUCCAAAGUGCUGUAGCUGAGGUUAUUCCGGGAGUCCGUCAUAGAAUGUGCUUGUUUCAGAUAAUGAGGAAGGCCGCAGAAUGUUUAGGUGGGCUGUCAGAGUACAGAGCUAUCAACAAGGCGAUGCAUAAGGCUGUUGGGCUUCAGGGCAAUGACUGGCUAAGAUCACUUUAUGAAUGCCGAUCUUCAUGGGUUCCUGUUUUCAUUAAAGAUACAUUUUGGGCAGGAAUGUCUGCUACACAAAGAAAUGAAACAAUUACUCCUUUUUUUGAUGGAUAUGUUGAUUUAAAAACCACCUUGAAGCAAUUUCUUGGCAAGUAUGAGAUGGCUUUGCAGAGUAAAUAUGAGAAGGAGGCCCAAGCAGAUUUUGAGACAUUUCAUAAGCAACGUCCACCGUAUCAAAAUUCUAUAUGGAAGAGCAGCUCUCAAAGGAGUGCAUUUUCCUUGAAGAUGGCUCCAGCAGUCAUGCAAGUACCGCCAAAUCUAAAAGGGAGGGGCAGAAAAGGAAUAGUUCCUACUGGCUACAUUGGAGUACCAGCUAAUAUCCAGCAAUUUGUAGGCAAUCAAGCAGCAUUUCAGCCAAGCAUUGUGUACAUGGUACCGAGUGGUGUUGACCCACAUGCUUUUGGAAAUGUUCUGAUGCCGGUGAUGUACCAGCAGAUGUUCCAGGUGCCUCCGAAGCCAAAUGAGACCGUGCAAGAUAUUUCAGCGAACGGAAAAAGUAAGCGACCUCGUGGUCAGAAGCUCACAGAGACAUCUCAGCAGGCAAAUGGAACCCCAGCAUCUGCAUCUGGCUAG